UGUUCUUAUGGUCUCAGUAUUACGGCAGAAAAGACCGGUAAUGGUAUCCGCUUGUAACGAGACUGCGCGUAUCCUGAUAUCGAUCAUUACGCAACAGUUCAAUGUCAGUGCCAGAAUGGACUCUUGCCCGAAGCCAAGAAAACGACUCAUUAUGCGUCCCCGCAGUUCCGUUCGUGGUGCUUGUAUUGAUAAUUAUAACUUCUUGGGCUGGUAUCUGUCUGCGGAUAGAAAAACCAUAUAAUCGGAACGUAUAGUUCUUGCGUUCUAUAUUUAUGAUCCUUUUCUUAGAAACAUCAAACUGGUCGACCAAAGAAUGUGUUUCAAGUUCGCAAUGCCGUGUGCGCGCUGGGUUAUGUCACAUGGUGGACAAAAUUUCAGCGUUGCACUUGCACGCUGGCCUUGAACUUGGUAGCGUCACCGGAAGGCGAAAUUUGUCGCCUGUGCAACAAAUUAUUAUAAUUCAAUUGAUAUCAGAAUUUUUAAUUUGAAACGAUGUUUCUUGAUUAGGCAUUAUUAUUUUCGCCUAUCUCCUAAAGGUGACACGCAACGCCUAUGAACGCGUGAGCCUGCAGAUUUGAAUACCAGUAGUCUGUCUGUAGCAGUACAUCAGCUACAGUACUCGCUGCUUACUCCCACCAGAACCUUUGUGAUAGUGAUUCCUGCUCAGACUCCGGCAUUUUUCUGGAUGCUUUUUCCGAAAAAGCGUGUGGACGUGCUAGUUAUGCAAUUAUUCUAAGUUUGUGAAUCUGCGUGAUAUUGCUUUGUCUAUAAUUUGCUGUUCGCGGUGUUGACCGGUACGAAGUACGCAUAGUUGCGUUACGAUAUUUCAACAAUCUUCAUCAACAUGUUAAUCCGGAGGGUGCUUUUAUGGCCAGUUCACCUCCGGUCACAUUCUGCAACGUCCCAAACAUGUUUUCGGACGAAGAUUACCGUGCCGAAGAACAGGGUUAUGGCCAUUCGAAGGGAAGAUCAGUCCAUUUGGGAAAGACGAGCGCCUCUUGCUCCUCAGCAUGUGCGAAAACUAGUUCGCAAGGGCGCGAAGGUCUUGGUUCAACCUUCCAAUCGACGGGCUUAUCCUAUGAAGUCAUAUUCUGCUGCCGGGGCGAUUGUGCAAGAAGACAUCAGUGACGCUAGCCUUAUUAUUGGAAUCAAGAAGCCCCCGUCGGAAUUGGUCUUACCCGGCAAAACGUAUUGCUUUUUCUCGCAUACUAUUAAAGCCCAAGAAGCCAAUAUGCCUCUUCUGGAUGCUUGCUUGGAGAAGAAUAUCCGGCUGAUUGACUACGAAAAGAUGGUGGAUAAAGACGGUCAACGCGUGGUCGCUUUCGGGAAAUGGGCCGGCGUGGCUGGAAUGAUUAACAUUUUGCAUGGGAUGGGGAUUCGUUUACUCGCUCUCGGACACCAUACUCCAUUCAUGUAUAUCGGUCCAGCCCAUAACUAUCGAAGCAGCUCGAUGGCCAAGCAAGCCUUCCGUGACGCCGGUUAUGAAAUCAGUAUCGACCUCAUGCCGAAAUCCAUCGGACCUCUUACCUUUAUUUUCACCGGCUCGGGCAACGUUUCGCAGGGGGCUCAAGAGAUGUUUCAGGAGUUGCCUCACGAAUAUGUUGAACCGGCUGAUCUUCCUAAGGUGGCAGCUCAUGGAGCCAUGAACAAAGUUUAUGGAUGUGUCGUAAGUCGCGAUGAUCACUAUGUUCGAAAGGAUGGUGGUCCUUUCGAUCCGGAAGAAUUUGCGAAUUAUCCUCAACGCUACUCUUCUACAUUCGCUCAAAAAAUUGCGCCAUACGCAUCUUGCAUUAUCAACGGCAUUUAUUGGGCUCCCAACGCCCCUAGACUAAUUACGAUACCAGAUGCAAAGGAACUCCUGCAACCCGCAAAUCAGCCGUGGUUACCUACAAGUGUUGGAUGUCCACAGCUUCCUCAUAGACUGUUGGCUAUUUGUGACAUAAGUGCAGACCCGGGUGGUUCCAUAGAGUUCAUGACGGAAUGUACAACGAUUGAUAAACCAUUUUGUUUGUACGAUGCUAAUCAACAUACCAAUACCGAAAGUUUCGCUGGGCCUGGAGUGCUUGUUUGCUCGAUUGAUAACAUGCCGGCUCAACUUCCUAGGGAAGCAACAGACUUUUUUGGAGAAUUACUUUUACCAUACAUUCCUGAUAUGUUGAAAUCAGACGCGCAGCAGGAGUUCGGAACAUAUGACUCCGGUCCCGUCGUCAAAAACGCUGUUAUCGCUUCCAAUGGCCGCCUGACGCCCAAUUUCGAGUAUAUUGAAGAAUUGCGGCAACACAAAAAGCGGUCUCACGCGAAAACCAACAUGGAUGUGGCUGCAGGAUCAAAGAAAGUUCUUAUCUUAGGAGCUGGAUAUGUUGCGCCGCCUGUAGUAGACUAUCUUUCCCGCGAUGGCAAUGUGGUAAUUACUGUUGCCUCGGCCCUGAAAGACGAAGCUGACCAGUUGGCUCAGAAGUAUAAGAAUACCGAUGCUGUGCAUUUGGAUGUUCACCGUAAUCCAGAUCAGCUGAAUAAAAUGAUUCCGGAUUACGACGUUGUGGUCAGCCUUUUGCCUUAUUCAUUACAUCCCAAAGUUGCCGAGCUAUGUAUAAAUCAUAAAGUGAAUAUGGUUACGGCCAGUUAUAGCAGCUCAUUAACCAAACAACCAGCUGGUGAACACAUUUCUAAAAGAGCAGCGGAUGCAGAAGUGACCAUACUGAACGAAAUGGGUCUUGACCCCGGUAUUGACCAUUUGUUAGCGAUGGAAUGUUUUGAUGAAGUGAAAGAACUAGGAGGAAAGGUCACAUCUUUUCGGUCUUUUUGUGGUGGUCUGCCCGCCCCAGAGUUUGCUACUAAUCCUUUGCGAUACAAGUUCAGCUGGAAUCCGGCCAGUGUUUUCUUGGCAGCUCUCAACGGUGCAAGAUAUAUUGAAAGCAAUCAGGUCAAGGAAAUUCCGCCGGGCGGUAUACCAUUGAUGGAAAGCGCCAAAUCCUUUGAUUUCCUCCCCGGUUUUAAUUUAGAAGGUUAUUCGAACCGGGAUUCACUUCAUUAUCUUCAAGAAUACGGAAUCGAAGGAGCCGAAACUUGUAUGAGAGGAACUUUGAGAUACAAAGGCUAUGCUGACUGUUUGAUUGGACUGAUCAGAACCGGCCUCUUGCAAACGACGCCGCAUCCCGCGCUUCAUCCCGACGGGCCUUCUUUGACAUGGAGGCAACUGAUAGCUACGCUGGCCAGUCAGAAUUCAGACGCGUUAGUGGAGAAUCUAAAAAGAGCAGUAGUUGACAAAGCGGGUUCUCCUCAAAGAGUGGAAGCCAUGGCUCAGCUAGGCCUUUUUGACGAUACGGAAGUUGAAAAGAGGAACACUCCAUUGGAUACCUUGGCUCACUACUUAAAGGAUCGUUUGUCCUAUGGCAAAAAUGAACGGGACAUGGUGAUAUUGCGGCAUGAUAUCGGAAUACUCUGGCCAAACAACAGCAAGGAAAUGCGAGAAAUCACAUUAGUCGUUUACGGCGAACAGAAUGGAUAUACGGCGAUGGCGAAAACCGUAGGAUUUCCCGCAGCCAUCGGUACAAAGAUGCUGUUGGACAAAGAGAUCCAACGAAGAGGUAUGGUUGUUCCGAUUUCAAAAGACAUCUACCGACCCGUCUUGAAACGGCUGGAGCAAGAAGGCAUCAAAGCAAUCCAGCACUCGCGAAGAUCUGAUUCUAAUAAUUAAGAGUUACAACAGUGUGCCGUGUUUUGAAUUUUUAACAUUAAGAGUGAUCCGUGUUUUUGUAAUUGCCUGUGGUUCAUAUUCGCUGCUCAAUCCGGUGAAUUUCGAUUUGAUUUCCUGAAAGCGGGAAAUGAAGAAAAG